AUGUUAAUCGAUAUAUUAAAAAAGGUCCAGGGCUUAUUGCUGAAAUGGAUGCUUAUAUUACCUUACAUGCUAUUUAUGAUCAAGUCUGGUGCACAUGGUAAAACACUGGAACCUCCAUUGCUAUCUGCUGCUGGAUCAUCUUUGAAACACUGGAACUCCCACGGGUCUAAGUAUGUGCUUUCUCAUGGUGCAGCAGCAAUUGGAGCACUGUCCCCGGCCAACCCUCCUUCAAAUGGCCCUUUCAUAAACCCUAGUCACCCCCCUAAAAGUUCACAUUUUUCCAUCCAAUUCAAGAAGAGGAGUGAAUGGAAACCCCCAAUUUCGGGCUUUAAAAAUAUUGCUCCUAUUCAUUCUACGGAAGCUGCAGUCCCUUCUGUUUUGGCUCAGCCACCGUUGACCCCUCAUGUUUCCAAUUGUUGUAAACAAGACAUGGUGUUGAAACGAGGCGGUAAGGGUUGCCACUGUGUAUAUCCCAUAAAGCUAGACAUUCUUCUUUUGAAUGUCUCUCAGAAUCCUGAUUGGGAUAAAUUUCUUGAAGAAUUAGCUACCCAGCUAGGGUUGCAAAAUAAUACCCAGAUUGACCUGAUAAACUUUUAUGUAAUCAACUAUUCAACAUUAAAUAUCUCAAUGGAUAUUACUCCACACAAAGGCAUCGGUUUCUCUGCCAAUGAAGCUUCUAAAAUAAACUCUUCACUCUCAAUGCAUAAGGUGCGCCUAGACCCUGGAUUAGUAGGUGGGUACAAACUUCUCAACAUAAUCUGGUUUGAACCUCCACCUCCGACUCAAGCACCUACUUUAACUGCUUCGCCAGAGAAAGCACCUUUGUAUCAUUCACCUACGGCUACAUCAUUGAGUUCUUCAAAUAAGGGAGGACAUUCAAAUCUAUUUCUUGUUCUUGGAAUUGCUAUUGGCAUGCUCUUCAUUGCAAUUGUAUCCAUAUUAAUAUUCUGUUUGUGCACGUUGCUGUCAAAGGAAAAAACACCUCCAAUUGAAACUGAAAAGCCUAGGACAGAGACUGCUGUUUCAGCUGGGGGUUCUAUUCCCCACCCAACCAGUACACGAUUUAUUGCUUUUGAAGAACUUAAAGAAGCCACAAACAAUUUUGAACCUGCAAGUGUACUUGGAGAAGGAGGGUUUGGUAAGGUUUUUAAAGGUAUCUUAAGUGAUGGUACUUCUGUUGCAAUUAAGAGGCUUACGAAUGGAGGGCAACAGGGUGACAAAGAGUUUUUGGCCGAGGUUGAAAUGCUUAGUCGGUUGCAUCAUCGUAACCUUGUAAAACUAGUGGGAUAUUAUAGUAAUCGUGAGUCAUCACAAAAUCUACUUUGCUAUGAGCUUGUCCCUAAUGGAAGUUUGGAAGCUUGGCUUCAUGGUCCCAUGGGAAUAAAUUGUCCUUUAGAUUGGGACACCAGAAUGAAGAUUGCUCUCGAUGCUGCAAGAGGACUUUCGUACCUACAUGAAGACUCACAGCCAUGUGUAAUACACAGAGAUUUCAAAGCAUCCAACAUACUGCUCGAAAAUAAUUUUCAUGCCAAGGUUGCAGAUUUUGGUCUUGCUAAGCAGGCACCUGAAGGCGGAGCUAAUUAUUUGUCUACUCGUGUCAUGGGCACAUUUGGGUACGUAGCUCCAGAGUAUGCCAUGACUGGACACCUACUUGUUAAAAGUGAUGUGUAUAGCUAUGGAGUUGUUUUGCUAGAACUGCUCACCGGAAGGAAACCCGUGGAUAUGUCACAGCCAUCUGGACAAGAGAACCUUGUUACCUGGGCCAGACCGAUUCUUAGAGAUAAGGACCGGUUGGAUGAGAUUGCUGAUCCGAAGCUUGGGGGAAAGUAUCCAAACGAAGAUUUUGUACGCGUGUGCACGAUUGCAGCAGCAUGUGUUGCUCCUGAAGCAAACCAACGACCGACAAUGGGUGAAGUGGUGCAGUCACUUAAAAUGGUGCAGCGAAUCACAGAAUACCAUGAUUCAGCGCUGGCCUCAUCCAAUACACAGACCAAUCCGAGACAGUCCUCUAGCACUUUUGAGUUUGACGGAGCAUCCUCUGUGUUCUCUUCAGGCCCUUACUCUGGUCUAAGUGCAGCAUUUGACAAUGACAACAUUUCUAGGACAGUGGUUUUCUCUGAGGAUCUUCAUGAAGGACGAUGA